AAGCGCUGACAUUGCCGGGGAGCCGGGGAGUCGAGGCGGGGCCGGGGAGGGUGACCCAUGGAGCCAUUAGCCGUCAUUGCCGUCUCCCUGCUCCUCGGGGCGCUCAUUUACUUCAUUUCAGCGGCGGUGACUGGAUCGCGAAGGAGCUUACCGCAGGAAGGCAGCAGCGUUGAGGAGGACAGUAAAGUCAGUAAUGGAGUGAGUGACAGAAACACAGCAUCAAAAAAGCAAAAGCUACAGCGUCCACGUAAAGAAAAAUUGCAGCAACACGUGUUUUCCCAUCCAUUGCUGGCCACUUCUUUAAAGAGUCACAGUGGGAAUGUCAGCUGCCUGGAUUUCAGUAGCAAUGGAAAGUACUUGGCUUCGUGUGCUGAUGACCGCACAGUGCGAAUUUGGAGUACGAAAGAUUUUCUUGGGCAUGAGCAUCGUUGUGUCCGCUCUAAUGUCGAGCUUGAUCAUGCCACACAUGUGUGCUUCAGCCCUGACUCCAGAGCUUUCAUUACAUGGCUGGCAAAUGAAGAAGCUAUCCGUAUUUUUAAAAUGAUCAAAAAGGACGAUGGUACGUUCACGUUCACUGCUGCACCUGAAGACUUCCCGAAGAAGCACAAAGCUCCAAUUGUGAACAUUGGAAUUGCAGAAACAGGAAAAUUCAUUAUGUCUGCAUCCAAUGACACAACCAUUUUGAUUUGGGACUUGAAAGGAGAGGUUCUGGCUACAAUUAACACUAACCAGAUGAACAAUGCAUACGCCACAGUCUCUCCUUGUGGAAGAUUUGUGGCUUCGUGUGGCUUUACACCAGAUGUGAAAGUUUGGGAAGUGUGUUUCACCAAAUCGGGCACGUUCCGGGAAGUGGUGAGGGCCUUUGACCUAAAGGGUCAUUCAGCUGGCAUUUACUCAUUUGCUUUCUCCAAUGACUCCAGGAGAAUGGCAACAAUUUCUAAGGAUGGAACCUGGAAGCUUUGGGACACUGAUGUUGAGUACAAACAGCAGCAGGACCCCUAUUUGCUGUACACGGUGAAGUGUGAAGCCUCUGAUCCCUGCCGAAUCGCGCUUUCUCCUGAUGCCAGGGUGGUGGCUAUCUCCAGUGGCUUCAACAUUACAGUGCACAAUACCAAGACGGGCAAACAGGAGGAAGAGUUUUUAAAUGUGCAUGGGGAGGAGAUUACUGGCUUGGCAUUUGACAUCAACAGUAGAUUUUUAGUUUCAUGUGGUGAUCGUGCAAUUCGGGUCUUCCACAAUGUGGUGGGCUACCGUGCAGUUAUUGAAGAGAUGGAAGGCAGGCUGAAGAAAGCAACAAAUGAAGCAAUGCGAGAAAGAUUACAACAACAAAUUGAUGAUGCUCAGAAAGCAUUAGAGGCAGUGUAUACGAGGAAAGAGUAAAACCACAGCAAACUAGCAUUGCUUUUGGGUUUGUGUUUCUGGACCUCCUCUGUAAACUCUGAGGAAAGUUUGAGAUUUCACUUUAACUGUGCACUGUUUGUACACAAAAUAAAUAUGAUAGCCCAUGCAUUUAGGUUCCGGCCACCACUAAAAGU